AUGCUAGGGCUGAUGGAUCUACCGCUCGAGGUGAGGCUAAUGAUAUAUGGCUUGUUGCUCAAGCAGGACCAGUGGAUUCUGCACACCUAUCGUGACUUUGGCCUUGCACCCCAAAUCCUACGCUCGAGCAAGACCAUACACGCGGAGGCUUGCCCUCUCCUCUACGGCGAGAACGUUUAUGGCUUCAAAUGGUCCCGAUAUACCUGUGAUGACACAUUGCGCUGGCUGAGCUACAACCCGUUGAACAUGCCUCUGCACAGGUUGCAGCAUGCAAUCAUCCAUAUCGGCGGAGGAGGAUGGAUAGUACCGGAAUGCUUGAGCAAGCUCGUCGAGGCUGCGAACAUCCAUCAUAUUCACUUGCAGACUUUCACGCUCGGUCUCGAUGUGACUGGGUGUCUAUCAAUAGUUCCCACGAUGAUUGCUAUACUGCUCCAUCGAAUUAAAGCUAGCAGAAAGCAAUUGAUGAUAACUACAGACACGGAUAAUUCAAUGGAAGAUCCUACCAAGGCGGCAGACCUUCUGAAACCGUGGGCAUGGGACCAUCGCCUUCUGCUUCAUCGCAAAGAAGUGUCUUUUUGGAAGCAAAGUCUUGCUGGUCGCAAUAAGAAAGCAGCUUUGUACAGCCUGGAGCUACGAGAAGGCUAUGAAAUUGGACUCGAAGAAGACUUCCGACAGGCACUGGAAGAUAUUGCCUGGCAUUGUAGACGUGAGUAA